AUGGUUAAUCAGUUAUCUGUUAAGCUCUGUAAAAAGAUGGCAUAUCAGAAGGUCAGUGCAGAUCGAAGAGCUCCAGGACACACCCAGUACUUAGACAAUGAUGACCUGCAAGCCACUGCCCUGGACCUGGAGUGGGACAUGGAGAAGGAACUGGAAGAGCCUGGUUUUGACCAAUUCCAGGUGGACAGUGCUGAGACCCACAACCUGGAACACUCGGAGACUACAGACCUCAAUCUUGAUUCCAUUCAGCCAGCUGCCUCACCCAAGGGCAGAUUCCAGCGACUUCAAGAAGAGUCGGAUUAUGUUGCCCAUUACACAAGAUCUGUACCAAAGAGCAGUCACUGCAGCUUCUGCUACCUUUUAAAACUCUCUUGCACAGCCAUCAUUGUAUUUAUUUUUGGGAUUUUGAUCGGGUAUUAUACACAUACAAAUUGCACGUCAGCUGCUACAUCGUCUGCAUCCAUUGAACCUCAUUUUUACCAAGAUAUUCUCAAGACGAUCCACGCGGAAGAUAUUAAGACGACUUUCAGAAAUUUGAUACAACUACAUAAAAGUGAAGAUGACAUGGAUGUUUCCAAGAAGGUGAAAGCCCACUGGAUUUCUUUGGGCCUGGAAGAUGUACAGUUAGUAAAUUAUUCUGUGCUGCUUAAUCUACCAGGCCCUUCUCCCAGCACUGUGACUCUGAGCAGCAGCGGCCAAUGCUUUCAUCCUAGUGGCCAGCCUUGCAACGAGGAUGCCAGAAAAGAUAGCAGCCAAGACCUGCUCUCCUCGUACGCAGCUUACUCUGCCAAAGGAACUCUCGAGGCUGAAGUCAUCGAUGUCAGUUAUGGAACUGCAGAUGAUUUAAAAAGGAUUAAGAAAAUGAAAAAUACAACAAAUCAGAUUGCACUCCUGAAACUAGGAAAAUUGCCACUCAUUUAUAAGAUAUCUUUACUGGAAAAGGCAGGAUUUGGAGGUGUUCUUCUGUAUGUUGAUCCUUGUGAUUUACCGAAGACUGCCGAGCCGAGCUCAGAGACCUUCAUGGUGUCACUGAAUCCUGGAGGGGAUCCAUCUACACCUGGUUAUGCAAGUGUUGAUGGGAGUUUUAGACAAAGCCGAUCUAACCUCACCUCCCUGCUGGUACAGCCCAUCUCCGCAUCGCUCGUUGCAAAAUUAAUCUCUGCACCCAAAGCUAACACCAAAAAUGACAUCUGUACCCCUCUGGUACUUCCAAACAAUGAAAUAAGAACAAUCCGCAUGCAAGUGCAGACAGUCACAAAAUUCAAGGCUGUUACAAACGUUGUUGGAUAUGUGAAAGGUCUCACUUCUCCAGACCGAUAUAUCCUAGUAGGCAGCCACCAUGAUUCAAUGAGCGGCUACAAUGGACAAGAAUGGGCCAGUAGUACUGCAAUAAUCACAGCAUUCAUCCGGGCUCUAAUGUUAAGAGUUAAGAGAGGGUGGAGGCCAGACCGAACAAUUGUUUUCUGCUCCUGGGGAGGAACAGCUUUUGGAAGUAUUGGUUCAUAUGAAUGGGGAGAGGAAUUCAAGAAGGUUCUACAGAAAAACGUUGUGGCUUACAUCAGUCUUCAUCAUCCUGUCAGAGGUAACACAAGUCUAUAUCCGGUAGCAUCCCCGUCUCUUCAACAGCUGGUAGUAGAGAAAAAUAAUUUCAAUUGUACCAGAAGAUAUCAGUGCCCAGGAGCCAAUGUCAGUUCCAUACAGAUACAAGGGGAUGCCGAUUUUUUCAUCAACCAUCUUGGAGUUCCCACCGUGGAGUUUGCUUAUGAUGACAUCAGAGCAUUAGAGGGCCCAAGUUUUCUCUCCGAAGCCCUUUUUCUGAGACAUUCACGAAGCAUGGAAGAACUGGAUCCUUUGUUCAACCUGCAUGAGUCUAUCACUAAGCUCUCAGGAGAAGUGAUUUUGCAAAUUGCCAAUGAGCCAGUCCUGCCCUUUAGUGCUCUUGAUAUAGCUUUAGAAGUUCAAAACAAUCUUAAAGGUGAUCAGCCUGGUACUCAACAGCUGCUAGCUAUGGCAUCACGCUUGCGGGAGACUACUGAACUCUUCCAGUCAGAUGAGAUGCGACCUGCAAAUGAUCCCAAGGAGAGAGCGCCCAUCCGGGUGCGAAUGCUGAAUGACAUUCUUCAAGAAAUGGAGAAAAGCUUCCUGGUGAAGCAGGUGCCUCCAGGCUUGUAUAGAAACAUCCUGUACCGUGUUGAUGAGAAGACAAGACAGUUUUCAUUGCUGAUGGAGGCUUGGGAACACUGCAAGCCACUUGCAUCAAAUGAGACUUUUCAGCAAGCCCUGUCAGAGGUGUUGAACAGCAUUAAUUCAGCUCAGGUUUACUUCAAAGCAGGACUUGAUGUGUUUGAGAGUGUCUUGGUUGGAAAGAACUGAGGCAGCGCUCCGCAUUUUAAAUAGUUUGUUUACAGUUCCACAAGCAGAAGUUCUCAUCUGAACAGAUAUUUUGA